CUAGACUGGCAGAUCGCCACCCUGUCCUUGUUGCUAGGCGGAGCUGCUCUGGUCCUGCUCUCCUUCCUGGUGGUCCUGGUGUCAGUGUGUAUCGGCUCUCGGAGACGCUUCAACAGACCUGUCGCUGUCAUGCUGUUCGCUGCAGUGGUGUUGCAGGGCUGCAGUCUGGUCCUCUACCCCAUCAAGUUCACGGAGACCAUCAGCAUGAGCAUAUACCACGAGUUCAACUGGGGUUACGGCCUGGCCUGGGGGCGCUACCAUUUUCUCCUUCGGUGGGGGGGGAUCCUCCACUGCCUCAACCCUAAGAACUAUGAAGACUACUACUGA